AAUGAACUGCUGUAGUUGUGAUAUGUGUAAUGCAGUGCAAUGGCUGAAUACACAUGCAGGGGAUAUUGGUGGGGGUAAGUGCCUUAUGACUGAUUGGGCUUUCUGCUAUUAGUCAUGAUGUUUUAUGGGCUCAGUUCCCGGGGACCUUGGAUAGUAUGAAAGUGCAUACCUUCAAUGUGAUAUCAUUUCCUCUGACAAAAUCUGCUUGAUGACUACAUGUUGUGCAAAUGUAUGAGACAGUUUGUAAGUAAUGUUUCUUUAGACGGAGAUUAGCUGUGCAACGGUACUCUUGCAAAAAUAGAGUGGAUGAGAACCAGAUAUUAGUCUUGUGGUGUCUGUCUGUCUGUCUGGCAGUUUCACUUUACAGGGACAGUAGAGAGAUACAGAGAGAACGAACGAGCGAGCGAGGGAGGGAGGGAGGGAGGGAAGGAGAGAAAGAGGAAGAGAGGAAGGGGAGGGGAGGUGUGACUUCACACUCAGCGUUUUCAGCAUCUGGCAGUUGCCGAGUGCGGCGGUGAGAAGGUGAAGAAGGCAGAAAAGAGUAGGAAAGCCCUCUCUCUUGCAUGUGUUUUCUCUGUGCCUUCACUAUAUUAUCUGUGAUGAGGACGCCCUACCGCAGGGAUUACCAUUGAGUGACAAGAGGCAGUUUUGGCACCUUAGUACCCAGUUCGAGCCUGUCGGUGGAAUGAUGGCGACACACGUGAAGCUAAAGAGAGACAAAGUGGGUGCCCAGGACUACGACGCCCAGAUCAAAGAGGUGCGAUCUCAGCUGGUGGAGCAGCUGAAGGUGUUUGAUCUGCAGCUGGAGCAGAAGUCGCAGCUGCUGCAGGAUGUGACUGAUUACCUGCGCAGACGAGGGGAGAUUGAGGCUGAGUACGCCCGCUCUCUGGACAAACUGGCCGACCGAUACAGCUCCAAGAUAAAGAGGAAGGAGCCGAGCGGGCAGUCGGUGCUGCAGUGCUGGCUGGUGCUCCUGGGUCAGACGCGGCAGGAGAGCCGCGACCACGGCGUCAUCAGUGAGAUGUGUAGCACCAGUCUGCCGCAGAACCUCUACCUGUGUCUGGAGCAUACGCAGCGCCUGGCCAAACGGACUAAAGAUGCCUGCAACCAGGUGCAAGAGGAGCUCCUGAAGGUCACCACGGAGAUGCAGACCACGUUGAAGACCUAUCACCAGUACCACACAGAGUUCCUGUACGCAGAGGGGAAACUCAAGGAGGCCGAGAAGCUGGAAGAGAAACAGAAGCAGGGCGCUGCCCGUAAAGUGGAGAAGCUGAUCGAGAAAAGACAGGGGAAAGUCCAAGAAAUACAGUUCAAGUGCACCAAAGCACGCAAUGACUACCUGCUGAAUCUAGCGGCUGCCAAUGCGUCGAUGAACAAGUAUUACCUCCAGGACAUCUCCAACCUCAUCGAUACUAGUGAUGUGGGAUAUCACCCGUGGGUGUCCCGGGUUCUGCGGGGCUUUGUGGCGGGGCAGUCCCGGGUGCAGCAGAGCCUGGGCGGUCAGCUGCAGCAGUUGAAUGGCGCGCUGGCCUCCCUGGACCAGGUCAAGGACCGGGACUCUCUGCUGCAGGCCCACGAUAGCACCUUCUGCCUGCCCUUCAGCUUCAAGUACCUACCCCAUGAGGGAGACCCGGAGAGUGAGGUCAGGGCAGAGUGUGACAUUCAGGAUGAGCUGGAAACUCGUUUCCAACAGAUGGAGUCCAGACUCGACUCAUUCACCAAGGACACAGCAGCGAUCACUAAGACGCUAGACGAGGCCCGCUCCGCCAUGCUCAGUUUUACUGGCGAUGAGGACCUGGGUGCCCUCCAGGACCACACAGCCAGCCAGACCCAGGAGCCUAAUUUAGCCAAACGCAGAGCCAAUCUGCAAGAAACGGAGAUGUUCUACUUCACAAAAGUGAAGGAUCAACUUAAUUACACCUCCAUGAUAUCCAAACUCCAAGCGAAGCAUGACCUCCUGCGAGUGGCGUUACAGAAAGUCAAGGCUAAUGGCGGGAACAACGUCAGCGCACGCACCAGAAAGUCUCUGAGACACCAGCGGGGUAACCGGAGGAGUCAUCCUGGAGCCCAAGUCAACCAGAAACUCUUCACCGGGAACCUGUGCUCCUUCAUCGAGGCCUCCAAGCAGGACAUCCCUAUUGUGGUGAAGAGUUGCAUUCGUUUCAUCAACCUGAACGGUUUGCAUCAUGAGGGUAUAUUCCGUGUGCCUGGGCUGCAGCUGGAAAUAAACUCCUUGAGGGAUGCCUUUGAAAGUGGUGACGACCCGCUGGCUGACGGCGCGUCAGACAUUGACUCUGUGGGCGGCGUGUUGAAACUGUACUUCAGAGGUCUGGAGCAGCCGCUGUUCCCGGAGGAGAGCUUCAGCCAGCUGAUGGAGUGUGUCUCAAUUGAGAAUGAGUCAGAGAAAUGUGUGCAGAUCAAGGCCGUCGUAUCUUCCUACCCCAAGCCACUCCUCGUGGUCAUGAGAUACCUCUUUGCAUUCCUUAAUCACGUGACGCAGUACAGCGACGAGAACAUGAUGCAGCCCUACAACCUGGCCGUGUGCUUCGGGCCCAGCCUCAUCCGUGGCCCGGAGGCCGGGGACGCCUCCACCCUGCAGCUGAUCAACGCCCUGGUGAAGAGCAUCAUCCUGCAGCCCGAGAGCAUCUUCCCCGGGCAGACCGAGCUGCCAGGCAAAGCCUACGAGAAGUGCAUGACCCUGGAGCUGGAUGACUGUGAGCCAAAUGUGGAUGAGGGAGAAGGGGACCUUGACAGCCCUUCAGUGAAAGAGGACCUGGAAGCUGUUGCACUUUUUGACUACACUGCCCGUUCAUCCACCGAGCUGUCCUUCAAGAAGGGCGAGCGCCUCCUCCUCCACUGUAAGCCCUCAGACGAAUGGUGGCGGGGUGAAUCCAAUGGCGUCAAGGGUCUCAUACCACACAAGUACAUCAGCAUCACUGGUCUUGAGGAUACUAAAGCACUAUCUGAGAAGAGGAACAGCACUGGAGACCUUGAGGAGGUGGACCAAAGCUUUCGUCUCAAAGCCAGCCGUGAGCGAGCGGGGUCACUCGGGGUCGGCGGCGUCCAUGGUGGAAAGGCGUCCCUGCAGUUGCCAAAGGCCCGCAUAAUCCUGCCAGUAAAGUCCCCUGAUGCCUAUCGCAAGUUCUUGCAAGCACAGGGCAGAAAGUCUGCUGUAGAAGACCUGGGACAGCCAGGCAGUCUCGACAACAGGGUCGUUAAGGUGGACAAAGUGGUGUGUCAGCAGAUGAACAAUGUCUUCCACGAGCUCCUCUCCCGGCACCCCCACCUUGAUCCCUCCAUCUCCAAUUCCUCUUCGUCUGGAUCUAAGGUCCCCCCCCCUCCUCCUCCUCCUCCUCCUCCUCCUCCUCCUCCUCUUCCCAGUCACCGUCUCAGACACCUCAGAAGAGGAUAGGCUUUGGCCGGAAAGGAAAAGAUCAGCUGAGCAGAUAGCCCUUUGCUUUAGCUCAACAGAGGAAGUAAGAAGUAGAGGGGAGUAAAUAAACCCUCCUAAAAGAGGAGCACACAUUUGCAUACAGGCAUCAAGAAAAGGGAACUUAAACUCCCCUUUUUUUACUUCCAUAGACUGAUUAAUAUGCACAGUAUGACUGUUUCAUUUGUUCGGCUGUACGGACUGGACUGAUCUGGAGGCUUCCUGUAAGCUUUUUUUUUUUUUUUUUUUUGUCUGUGUGCGCAGUAGAUUUGUCUAAGGGGUGAUCAGAGUGGACUCAUCCCUUGACCGACACCUUGUGGUGGUCUCUGUGUACUGACAACUGAGACACCGUGCUAAGACUGUAGAGUACUAGUCCUACUGCUGGCUCAGACAACUACAUCAAUGGGAGGACGGGUUUUUUUUCCCCACUGCAUUCAAAGUCUCAGACACAGACGAAGGCUGGGCUGGUUGUAACACCUUUUCAGAUGCUGCAGACAGCUUCCUUGUGUUAAUUCAAGGCUCUGUUGAGCAGCCGGUAAUCAAGACGCCUGGUGAUAUGGAGGCUAUGCUGAGCACAUCAGUAGUGGUUAUGUUGCUCUGUCUCAGGCCCAGCACACUGGCACCUCAUGUAUGGUUACUCCAGUCUCAGACACUAGGAGAACAUCCCAGUCAGAUCAUCUCAUCUCUGCAGUCUUUUUUUUUUUUUACAUCACCACUUAAUGAAUAUUCAGUUGUGAUUUACAACUCCCAGUACCAUGUGCUGGUCUUAUGCAAUCUUUUCUGAUGGGAUUUAGUUAUGUGGAAAUUGUGUGUAAAAUGAAAAUAUGAAAUAAACUGGUAUUUAUAUUUGCAUGUAGCCCACUGACACCUUUGUAAAAACCACCUGCUGAUUCUACGUCACAGAAAAGAUAUUUCGGUUCAGCGUGGUCUGUUUUGUGAAUUUGUACAUGUAAAGGACUCAAGUGGAUUAUACUUGCCUAUGAAUUCACUUCACUGCAAUGCCAGUUGAAUAUUGUUGGACAGUCAAUUCGAUGGCAAAAGAGUUUUACAUUUUUUCAUGGGUCUUCUUGGGAAUUUCAAAGUAAGUUUACCAUUUAAUUGUUUAUUUGUUACACAGUUAACCUCCAAUUUUCUCCUAAAACGGAAUAACUGCAAAAUAUACAAUACAACAAUGGGUUUUAAAACAGCACAUGGAAAACAAUAACAUACACAACAUAGGUCAUACAACACCAACCCUCUGACUUAUGACAGCAAGUAUCAGAGCCUAAAAUAAAAAAACUGAUGAGAAAAAUACCAAAUUUGCUUCUGACAACCCUCUCCUAUCAAGCCUGGAUUAAAUUAUCGUGCCACUUUCCCCAUCAAAGUGGGAUUAAGGCUUUCUGGAUGAGGCUGCUGAGUGGGGUUUGACUAGGUUAGCAGCUAAAGCCAAUAUGCUGUCAUUCACAAGCACAUUGCUCCUCCAUUUUGGGAAGAAAAGAAUAAAAAUGUAAUUUCCAUCAACUUCACAUUUUAUUGCACAGUUGCUGACAAUAACCAUCCAAAAGGCAUUUCUUUUUUUCAUUUAUUUAUGUACCAUCCCUUCGUGUAAUUUCGUAAUUUCAAAAUCCCUUUGGAUAAUUUCAUAAUUUGUUGCCAUCUUGACCAGCCAGCUGUUAUUUAGCCAACCGCAUUCAUUAUUGUCUGGAAACAUGUUGUCACAGUGCCACUGGCCGAAAGUGGCGCCUGAUGAGCCUUUGUGUUGAGAGUGAUUGGGUUAGCUCAUAGCUCACGUCAUGGACAGCGCAGGGCAGUGCAAAGCUUAAUAGAGACUUUAAGCCUAGUAAAUUAGCACCAUAAGAUACUCACCCUUGCAAAAGGCUAUAUGAAUUUAUGCUCAGUUUUCCAUUACUUUUUCGGAAUAGGUUCUUAUAAAACACCCAAAUACAGAACCUUCCCAGAACAUCUCGACAACAGCCAAACUGCGUUAGCCACUUAAAUGACAUUGCUUCAUGGACAUGACCUAAACUACUCCCUGAAGCUUACCCACUGGCAGUACACUGAACACCUGAGCAUGGACAGACUAUGACCCCAGUGAAGAAGGGACAGAGAUACAGUCUGAACAGAACUAGUAGUUCCAUGCUGAGCCCAGAAUACGUUGUAAUUCUCUCAAACGAGCACAGAGGGGCAGUGUAAAUCCAUUUAUAUGGAUCUUCAUGCAGCGUUCGUCAUCCAGAUCCCCAAUCCCUCAUAGUGUAACACAUCGGUUGGUAUCAGUCUGUUAUGUGUGUGUCUGAUUUACCUCCUCACUUGGAGCUAACUCACAAACUGAGUUUCCCUCCACUUCAUGCAAGUGCUCCCAUAUGAACACUCGGGAGCAUGAACGGGGCCCUUCAGCCUGUAAACAAGAUUCAAGCCAACUCACGAAACCCUCCUCCCCAGACUGUGAUUAUGGUGUUCUUCGACAGUCUCUCCUUGUGCACCUGGAAGAUGAUCCAGGACAUAAAUAUAAAGAAAGGUAUCCACGUGACUUCUCAGAUUUCAGCCAUGUUUUCAAAAAGUUCCAUCUACACAAUAAAUCGAAUCAAAUCAAACUUUAUUUGUACGGCGCAUUUCAU